UUCACGGUUAUUCAAUUGUUGGGGGGCUGCCUUGUUUAUUUUUUAGAAAGUGAAUUUUUUAUUAAAAUCAAAUCCAUGAUAAAUGGACUGAUUAAACCACACUUGACUGUGAAGGUCGAUUUAACCAUGAAUUAAUUAUCAGAUUUCCGAUUCCAAUUUCCGAGUUCCAACUUUUGAGCAGUUCCGAUUUCCGGCUCUUCCGAUUUCUGAUACCUCUAACUGUUCCGACCCACCUCUGAUCAUUAUACACUAGAGAUCUACCGCUCCCGCCUUCCAUUGUCCACAGAAUUCUAGCUUUUUUGCCCCAUCCGUUCCGGGUUCUUUUGCCUCUUUUUAAAAUGCGGCAGGGCCUAUUUCUGAUACCUACCAACCUGUCAUUCCACAUGACUCUUGACUUUGAACAUCAAGAAUUUACUAUAUGUUUUUCUCCAUAUUAAUCAUUUUUUGACUCAUCUCACUGAAGAAAUGUCUAUUAUAUAUUACAGAAAAUUUUAAUUAAGAUGAUACCCUUUAGCUCUGAUAAAAUUCUGAUUUAUUCCUCAGUAUCCUCCCCUCAGAAUUUAAUUACUAAACUUAAAGCCUCUUAAUAAUUUUAAUUUAUUUAAUCCUCUUAAUUCAUAAUCCUCUUAAUAUUCAAAAAUUAUUUGUUUUUAACUAAUGUUUAAUUUUCAAGACUGAUAACUAAUUAAAACAUAAAAACAUCCCCUUAGCGACUGGUGCAACCUUCCACUACCAUUUAAAUUGUUAAAUCAUUCCUUUUGCCUCUCCCCAAUUAUUUAAUGCCUAUGGCGGGAAUCAAUCGAGAGUUGUUGUCGCGCACGUCUAAUUUUUCUUUCACAAUUUUCUCUGUUUUAAAGGGGGAGAAAAAUUUUUUAUUUUAUUUAUUAGUUUACGGCAGGUGGUAUAAAAAUAUUUGGAGUUGUAAACAUCCAAAAAUGCGGUGGGUAAAGUGUUGCGGCCGUUCUACGACGGGUGGUGGUUGCGGGUGA